AUGGUGAAGCACGCCGGCGAGGAACCAAAGACACUGCUUGGACUAUUGCAGCUCCUGUACUUCAACACACACCGCGAGAAUGUAAUCUGGUUUUGGUCCGUUGUUGCGGCAGGCGGUGUACCAGCAUUACUUUCCCCUUUGUCAAGCAAUGAUGCUACUCUUGCUGGUGAGCUGGACAAUGUCAGCAAGCUCUUCAAUGGGCCCACUAUCUUGACUUCCAAGCGAUUGGCGAAGCCAUUUCGCAUGGUUCCAACUCUUACCACAAUCACCGCGGAAUCGGUUGCGACGACAAAAUCAAACGAGAAUGGCGCGUGGAAACCAAUAGACGGAGGUUUUGAUCACGAAGACGAGCUUGCAACAGUUCUGUUCACAAGCGGCAGCACGGGUUUCGCGAAGGGUGUCGAAUACACGCACGCACAGUUGGUGACGUCUAGUAAGCUGAAAUGCGAUUUCCAUCUGAUGGACUCCAGCAAGACGUUUCUGUCUUGGGUCAGCUUCGAUCACAGUGCUGCUCUCUGCGAAAACCACCUACACGCUGUAUAUGCUGGAGCUAAUCAGGUGAUGGUCCCAGCAAUGGACUUUGUUCAAAGCCCUGCUCGCUUCUGGAAGGCUCUGAGCGACUAUCGCAUAUCUUACACUUUUGCGCCGAACUUCUUCAUCGCCGCUGCAGUACGUGCAUUGAACGAAUUGGAUCCGAGCGAACGGCAAGAAUUGCACCUAGAUUUCAGUCAGCUGCGCGUCAUCAUGUGUGGUGGGGAGGCCAAUAAGACGGCUACUCUGGAGGCUGCAGAGUUGGUCUUGACUGAGUACAAAGCACCAAGGUGCAGCAUCAAGGCGAGUUACGGUCUUAAUCGAAAGUACGUUUUCGCAUCUGUCGGAAAGCUUUUGCCACAACAUGAGCUUCGACUCGUUGACGAGACUGGCGCUCAUGUCAAGGACGGCCAGACCGGUGCAAUCCAAGUUCGAGGACCGUUGAUCUUCAAGCGCUACCUCAACAACGAAUCAGCAACUAGCGCUUGUAUGACACCGGAUGGUUGGUUUGACACUGGCGAUCUUGGGAUGCUGGAUGAUGAAGGCAAUCUGCGGAUUGUCGGCCGCACCAAGGAAGUCAUCAUCAUCAAUGGCCAAAACUACUCUUCCUUCGAAUUGGAGCAUGCCAUUGAAUCUUCGAAUAUCCCUGGACUGAACAAGAGCUUCACCGCAUCGUUCUCCAUUUGGACGGAGGAUGCCAAUGCGGAAAGUGAAGAUGUGGUCAUACUCUUCAACCCCACCAACGACAAUCUCGAGGACACGGCCACACUUCGUGAUACGGUAUCUCGUAUCAAUGAGGCUGUCAUAAGAUUCUGUCGCAAGCGGCCCGUGAUGGUAAUCCCUCUACCAAAACAGAAGCUACCAAAAUCAACGAUCGGGAAACUGUCGCGCGCAAAGUUGAAGAAAUCGCUACUUGCCGGGCAUUUCGAUGAAUUCAAGCUCUCGGAGUGCGUGCCACGAUCAUUUACCCAGCAAGGGCCUCCCCUCACUACAGCCCUUCAACAAACUCUUUCGGUCGCUCUGUGUGAAGAGACUGGACUGAAAUCCUCAGAUCUUCACCUGGACAUUGCCCUUGCCGACUUGAAUAUCGAUAGUCUAGGCUAUCUUCGUAUCAAGUCGUCGCUAGAGAACAUCCUCCAGCUUGAGGAGCCGAUAUCCAUGUCCUUUCUUCUUUCCUGUCGAACGAUCGGCGACAUGGACAAUGUGCUGCUAGCCUUGGGCACUACUACGGCCGAGUAUGACCCGAUCGUGCCUCUGGUCUCAUCCGGCUCCAAGGCGCCCAUUAUCUUAUGCCAUCCUGGUGGCGGCGAGUUUCUCACAUGGCUUGGUCUACUCAAAUACAUACCAGAUCGCCCGGUAUAUGCACUGCGCGUGCGCGGCUUCCACAAAGACGAAACCCCAUUCGAGACCUUGGAUGAGAUGCUUGAAAUCUAUAUGGAAGGCAUCAGAAGGUAUCAACCGAAAGGUCCAUACGUACUACUGGGCUUAUGCUUUGGUGGCAUGUUGGCAUUCGAGCUUGGUAAGAGACUGGAAGCUGCAGGUGAAGAGGUCGCUUUCUGUGGAGGCAUCGAUAACCCUGCAGAUCUCAACCGCAUCCAAGUCCGCGACAAGCCCCGGAACUUUAUCAUUGAUCUGCUCCACUUCUUCCAACUCCUCGAUGUCGAGACAGCCAUGCAGUGGGAGAUCGACAUGGAGACGGUUGCGGACAAAGACUUCACCAAAGAAAUCUUUGCUCGCUUCCCUGAUGGGACACUUGAGAAUCUCGAUCUCAGUGUAUCGAAAGUUGAGGCCUGGCAACGCAUCAACGACAACAUGCAAACCAUCACCAGGACGUACAAGCCCAGGGGAUCAGUCUCGAAAUACGAUAUCUUUUGGGUACCGCCCCUACCGCAGUACAACUGUACUGAACAACAGUGGCGUUCCGACUGGCUUGCGAAAUGGAAAGACCAUGUUACAGGCGCGCAGCAAAGCGACGUUGACAACGAAGAGUCUGAGGGGCCUUUGCGUUAUCAUCCAGUUGAAGGAACCCAUUUCACGAUUUUGAGGCCUGAGAACAUUGAGGUCUUCCAAAAGGCACUGAAUGCGGCGUUGCAGGCAAGAGGUGUGUAG